UUUGUGCUUGGAACUAUAUUUUCAACGAAAACACGUUGCAGUGCGACUACCAUAUGAAACUGAGAUCUUCAAUUGCACGAGCUUUGGGAAAUCAAGAUGUUCCGCUACAAGAGGACCAUGGUGUCGACAGGUUGGCCAGGAACGAAAUAAAAACGUACCACAUCUGUCCCCCAAAGAGGAAAAGAAAAACCGUAUAA